CGGGCGCGCCACAGGCCGGCAGCCCCAGCCAUGUCGCGCGGCCUCCAGCUCCUGCUCCUGAGCUGCGCCUGCAGCCUGGCGCCUGCGACGCAGAAGGUGAAGGUGGCUUGCUCGGAGGAUGUGGACUUGCCCUGCACGGCCCCCUGGGACCCGCAGGUCCCCUACACGGUCUUCUGGGACAAGCUUACGGAGGGCGGUGAGGAGAGGAUGGAGAUUCCCCAGGAAGAUCUGCAUCUCAGUGGGCAGUACCAUCAGCAGAAGGAGCAGAAGGGCUCUGUAGAGGCCUCUGGGGAAAGGCUGUAUUCUCUGAAGAUCAGAAACACUACCAGCUGCAACUCGGGCACAUACAGGUGCACUCUGGAGGACCCGGAAGGGCAGAGAAACCUAAGUGGCACCGUGAUCUUGAAGGUGACAGGAUGCCCUAGGGAACACAAAGAAGACUCUUUUAAGAAAUACAGAGCUGAGAUUGUUCUGCUGUUGGUUCUGGUCGUUUUCUACUUAACACUCAUCAUUUUCACUUGUAAGUUUGCACGACAACAGAGUAUUUUUCCAGAUUUUUCUAAACUUGGCAUGGAACGAGCUUUUCUCCCAGUCACCUUCCCAAAUAAGCAUUUGGAGCCAGUGACUCCUCACAAGACAGAACUGGUGUGAGCAGGAUUUCUGCGGGUUGUUUUUUCUGAAGUCAAAGUCUCAGUGGUGUGCAAGCAUGUCACACUGGACAAGAGAAGACUGCACCCCACACUGAAGAUGGCAUCCUUCCUGUGAAGUCCUUCAGCUGACUGAAGCAUCUGAAAGUGGGUCCCACCCCACUUUUUGUGAGAAGGACCUUGAAAACAAUUACAGGACCACAUAGCAUGGGGCCACCUACAGGGUGCUCUCUAAUGCUGGUUCAUCACAGCUACCUUCUUACCAUUUCAUUCAGCUAUCUGGUCAACCUCUUGGAAAUUUUUUCAGUCAUAUAAAAGCUAUAGGGAGAUGCAGUUGGAAAAGGGUCUUGGGAAAUAUGAAUGCCAGAGCUGGCCCUGUGACAGACUCUUGAGGACAGCUGUCCUCUUCCACAUCUGGGAAACAUCUCUUUGAAUUUGCUGUGUUUUCUUGCACUAGCCCAGAUGUUUUAUGUCUGGGAGAAAUUGACAGGCCAAGCUGUGAGACAGUGGGAAAUAUUUAGCAAAUAAUUGCCGGGUGUGAAGGCCUUGCUAUUACUAAGGAGUAUUAUGUGUACAUAGAAGUAACAGGUCAAUGAACUGUUCCCCAACAAGGCUUUUUCGUCUGGGAAAGACAUCCAUAAAGAAGCAAUAAAGAAGAGUGCCACAUUUAUUUUUAUAUCUAUAUAUACUUGUCAAAGAAGGAUUUGUGUUUUUUUCCCUUUUGAAAUCUAUGCCUAUGGUUAGCUAUCGUUGCUAACUGACAAGCAGACUGAAUAUGGAGAGUGAGAAGAAGUCAGAGAAGGUAACAAUAGGAUAGAGAGCUAUUUAGUGACUUGAUGGACAUGCUGGACCAACCAUGUAAUGUGGGCUCUAGCCACCGUUGUCCUGCUACCUGAUCUUGGGCAAGAUCCUUAUGGUUUCUACAUUCUCGUUUGUAAACCAAAAGUUUGUUGUGUGAGUUGAUUGAAAUAAUGUAUGUGAAAAUCCUUUGAAAAAGUAUAAAGCACUAUACAAGUUCUAAACUCCAGUGGGUCCCU